AUGCCUUCACUCAAGUCCUCCUUCGACGAUGCCAUUUCAGCCUUCUCCACCGUCUUCGUCUCUGUAUCCCCAGACCUUGUCAUCUACGACUUCUUCGAGCCCUGGGCACCUCGCCUAGCCGCUUCCCUUCUCCACAUCCAAUUCGUCGAAUUCAUCACCACUAGUGCCGCAUUGUGUGCCAUGGCUUCCCAUUUCUACAAAUUUACUCAUGAAUGCGAGAGUGUGGAAGAAAUUGGAGUUGGGGUAGAGGUGAAGAGAGACGGGAAUGGGGAGCCUGAGAGAGGGGAAAUCGCAAAGGUGAUUAGAGAACUGGUGAUGGAGGGGACUGGGGAGGUGAGAAGGAAAGCGAAGGAGAUGAGUGAGGUGACGUGGAGGAAAGGGGACAAGGAGGUGGGUCCCGUAGCGUAA